GAAUGCUGCUGAGUGGUAUUUACUUGAAUUUUAAGAUGCAAUAAUUAAAAUUUUACUAGAAAGAAAUAACGAAUAAAAUCAUAUACGUUUUUUUGUCUUACGGCCAUACAGAAGCUACAGAGCGAUGAUGCUAAACAUGCUUUAAAUUAAUGGGAAAAAGUAACUUAUUUUUUGCAUAUGUUUGGUUGUCUUAUUGAAUCGUAAUUUGUUUCUAGAGGAGAAGACUUAUGAAGUAUGAACAAAGGAACAGCCACAAAGUACUGCUCAUGUUCUUGAAUUCUUUAAAGCAAACAAGAAACUCAGCCAAUUUGCCGGCUAGCUCUUUGCUAAUACACAGCCGGCCUGCCAAUGUUAAGUUGUUUUAUUACAUGGAAGUUAGAAAGGAACACGAAUGUGUCCAAAUUUAAACAAUCAAAUAUUACAGAAGACAGACUGGAAGCUGGCAAAUCGAUGAAUGCAAAGACUUUGAUGGUAAAAACUAAGUUUUGAUGCUGUGUUAGAGCAUCAAAACUGUCGGAAGCAUGCGAAUAUCCCGAGUCUUCCCUACUUUGCUUCAUAGGACAGCUAGUUAGCUAAUAUAUGCUUGUGCUCUCUCAAUCCCUCUCUCUUAUCUGUCUGAGGGUGUCGACUGGUCCGUCAUGGAUCGACAUUCAUUUGAGAUCGAGAAUUCCUCGUCUCACCGACGACGCUAUCGAUCUCAGGCUAAGUCUCAGCAUCAGUUCACCUCAUUUUCAAGUUCCAGCUCUUACCAGUUCUCUCAAUAUCAGACUCCUCGUAGAAGGCGGAACCUCACUCCAUCCACCCCGUUUGCCUCUGAUUAUGACAGGUCAUGGCAAGGCGAGCUCUCGUGGCAGUUUGAACCAACCGGAUGGCAAGAAAACCGUAACCUUGGGGCUGUACUUAGUCCAUUUACAGCCAGUGCUGCUACUCCAGCUAGUACCAUUAGCAGAAUUUUUAGGAGAUCAGCUAAUGAUUAUUAUCUUUCGCGUACUUAUGGUGGUUUCCAUAGCAUUUCUAAUCCAUACUAUGAUACUUCUCACUCGGGGUAUCAUCCGGUCCCUUUGGGGAGACUUCAGCUCCAGAGUUACGUUGCCUCUGACAACGAGAAUUCAAUUUUCGAGAGGAGUUACACUUAUGGUGAACAUCCAGCAAAAUCUGGUAAAUUUCCGGUCAUGGCAAGUAUCAACGAAGGGAAUGCUGGAAAUCAUGGUAUUGCAGCUGAAAAAGAUGAGCUUAGUAUGACCGAUUAUGAUGACAUCAGUCGUCAAAGGCGCUUGAUAGAGACUUACCGCGACUGCCAGCAGUAUCAGGACCCGCGAUGGUUUUCUGUAUCGCGUGCUUAUAUCAAAGAUAAAAUUAAGGAUGAUCAUGGAGGGCUCUCAAAUUAUCAGGAAAUGUCACCACAUAGUUAUAUUGAUAACAGUCAACAGAAUCACAGCCAAAAUAUUGGCACUUACAGGCAGUCCCCUAAUUGUUUACAUAAUGUUAAUGACGAAUAUGGCGACUUAAGUCUGAAGUCAGCUUUAACUGAAGAGGAUGAUGAUGAAGAUGAUGCCGUAACCCCUCGAUCAGUUGGGCUAUUCGGCUUGUUCAAGUAUUCAACCAUGUUCGAUUUAGUUCUAGUGUUAUUGGGUUGUUUGGGAGCAUUGAUCAAUGGGGGAUCUCUUCCGUGGUAUUCUUAUCUUUUUGGCAAUUUUGUUAAUCACCUUGCCCAAGGAAAAAACAAUGACAAACAUCAGAUGAUGAAGGAAGUGGACAAGAUAUGCUUGCUUAUGACUGGAUUGGCAGCAGUUGUAGCGGUGGGAGCUUACUUGGAGAUUACUUGCUGGAGAAUGGUGGGGGAAAGAUCGGCUCAUAGAAUAAGAACAGCAUACCUGAGAGCAGUUCUUCGACAAGACAUAGGAUUUUUCGACACUGAGAUUAGUACCAGUGAUAUCAUGCAUGGAAUCUCCAGUGAUGUCGCACAAAUCCAGGAAGUGAUGGGGGAGAAGAUUGCACAUUUUGUUCAUCACAUAUUCACCUUCAUCUGCGGUUACAUCGUUGGUUUCUUGAGAUCUUGGAAGGUUUCUCUGGCAGUUUUUGCCGUCACCCCAUUAACGAUGUUCUGUGGCAUUGCUUAUAAGGGUAUCUAUGGCGGCCUAACUGCAAAAGAAGAGAACUCUUACAGGAAAGCUGGUAGCAUUGCAGAGCAAGCCAUAAGUUCUAUACGAACUGUAUUUUCCUUUGUAGCUGAGGAUAACUUGGCUACAAAAUAUUCCGAUUUGCUUGAGAGAUCAGUGCCAUUAGGGGCAAAAAUUGGGUUUGCCAAAGGUGCAGGAAUAGGGAUAAUUUAUUUGGUUACUUAUUCAACAUGGGCGUUGGCUUUCUGGUAUGGCUCAAUUUUAGUGGCAAAGGGAAAACUCAAGGGAGGUGAUGCCAUUGCAUGUUUCUUCGGUGUCAAUGUUGGCGGCAGGGGAUUGGCAAUGUCACUAUCGUACUUCGCACAGUUUGCGCAAGGAACUGUAGCAGCUAGUAGAGUGUUUGAAGUUAUUGACAGGAUUCCACUAAUUGAUCCUUACAGUCCUGAGGGAAGGAAGCCAUCUAGUGCGCAAGGAAAAAUUGAGUUCAAAGGCAUUUCUUUUGCUUAUCCAUCUCGUCCAACUGUCCCAAUUCUCCAAUCUCUUAACUUAGUGAUCCCCUCUUCAAAGACUCUAGCACUGGUUGGUAUUAGUGGGGGUGGGAAGUCGACGAUAUUUGCGCUUAUAGAGAGGUUCUAUGAUCCAAUCCAGGGUUACAUCACCUUGGAUGGUCAUGAUUUAAGGACAUUGCAAGUUAAAUGGCUAAGAGAUCAGAUAGGUAUGGUUGGUCAGGAACCUGCCCUUUUUGGAACAACCAUACUAGAAAAUAUUACGAUGGGAAAGGAGCGUGCCACCAAGAAAGAGGCUGUUAAAGCUUGCAUGGCGGCUAAUGCUCACAAUUUCAUCUGUGGCCUUCCACAAGGCUAUGAUACUGAGGUUGGGGAUCGUGGAACACAAGUCUCUGGUGGUCAAAAACAGCGUAUUGCACUUGCUCGUGCUAUGAUAAAAGACCCUACAAUUCUUCUCUUAGAUGAGGCCACAAGUGCCUUGGAUCCAGAAUCCGAAAGUGUGGUUCAAAAGGCCAUUGAUAAGAUAUCUGUAGGCAGAACUACCAUUGUAAUUGCUCACAAGCUGGCUACAGUCCGCAACGCUGAUGCAAUUGUUGUGCUCGACCGUGGUUCUGUUGUUGAGAUAGGUAACCAUCAGCAGCUGAUGGAAAAAGCUGGAUCCUAUUUUAAUCUUGUCAAGAUGGCUUCAGAAGCACAACCUGUAUUGAAGGAAAAUGAAGUUCCAGCCCAUUUGGAUUCUACCCAGAAUGAAAAAUCUAUGUAUGAUAUAUCAAGGACAAAGGAUGUGUAUGAAAUAUCAAGAUCCAACUACCUGAAGUCAAUUCAAGAAAACCAAGUACAGGAGAAAGAAGAAGAGAAACUGGAGUUGAGAAAAUACCGACUUAUAGAUAUUUGGAACCUGCAGAGACCUGAAAUUAUCAUGCUGCUAGUGGGGUUGCUCAUGGGUAUGCUUGCAGGUGCAAUUCUCUCCACAUUUCCCUUGAUUCUCGGCCAAGCGCUUAAAGUCUACUUUCUUCCCAACAUGGAUAAGUUGAAGAAGGAAGUUAGAUACCUUUGCUAUAUACUGAUUGGGCUAGGAUUUGGUUGUAUAAUCUCCAUGACACUCCAGCAAGGCUUUUGUGGUUGGGCUGGUACAAGGCUCACUAGACGAGUAAGGGAUUUUCUGCUUCGAGCUAUAUUAAGACAAGAACCCGGUUGGUUUGAUUUCAGUGAGAAUUCCACAGGGGUACUCGUGUCUAAGCUUUCAAUAGAUUGUGUCAGUUUCCGGUCCGUUCUUGGUGAUCGUUUUUCAGUCCUGCUAAUGGGCUUAAGUGCAGCAGCUGUUGGCCUUGGUGUGUCAUUUUAUCUUGAGUGGAGAUUAGCUUUGUUGGCUACUGCUCUCACCCCAUUCACACUGGGUGCUAGUUAUUUCAAUCUAAUCAUCAAUGUAGGGCCAAAAUUAGAUAACGGUGCAUAUGCCAGGGCUAGCAAUAUUGCUGCUGGUGCUGUGUCAAAUGUAAGAACAGUGACCACAUUUGGAACACAAGAACGCAUAGUUCAAUCUUUCAAUCAAGCUUUAUCUGAGCCUAAAAGAUUGUCCAUCAAAAGAUCACAAAUUCUUGGAUUAGCUCUCGGCAUUUCUCAAGGUGUCAUGUAUGGAGCUUACACCCUAACUCUUUAUUUUGGUGCUUGCCUUGUAAAAAAAGGGUAUACAGACUUUGGAAAUGUAUAUAAGAUUUUCUUGAUACUUGUCCUUAGCUCAUUUUCUGUUGGACAACUUGCUGGGCUUGCUCCAGAUACUUCCAUGGCUUCAACUGUAAUACCAUCUGUUUUCAGUAUCCUUAAUCGUAAGCCUCUAAUAGACGGUGAUAGCCAGAAAGGUAAGAAGAUUGGAAACUCAAAGCCAUUUGACGUGGACUUCAAGAUGGUGACAUUUGCAUACCCAUCUAGGCCAGAAAUAAUUGUGUUAAGGGACUUCAAUAUCAAGAUAAAAGGGGGAACAAUGGUGGCUUUUGUGGGGGGAAGUGGAUCGGGAAAGUCAACAGUGAUAUGGAUGAUACAGAGGUUCUAUGAUCCAAUUAGGGGAAAGGUACUAUUGAGUGGGGUCGAUUUGAGGGAGCUUAAUUUGAAAUGGUUGAGAAAGCAAACAGCUUUAGUGGGUCAAGAGCCGGCGCUAUUUGCUGGGAGCAUAAGAGAGAACAUUGCAUUUGGGAAUCCUGAUGCUUCAUGGGUUGAGAUCGAAACUGCUGCAAAAGAAGCUUAUGUUCAUAAGUUCAUUUCCAGCCUUCCUCAAGGCUAUGAAACAGAGGUAGGUGAGAGUGGGGUUCAGUUAUCAGGUGGGCAGAAGCAGAGAAUUGCUAUAGCAAGGGCUAUGCUAAAGAAAUCAAAAAUUCUAUUACUAGAUGAAGCUAGCAGUGCACUUGACUUGGAAUCGGAGAAACAUGUCCAAAAUGCUCUCAAGAAGCUAUCUAAGCAGGCCACCACCAUCGUGGUGGCACAUCGACUGUCAACAAUUAGAGAUGCUGAUUAUAUUGCUGUUUUGAAUGAUGGCUCAGUAGCAGAAUAUGGAAACCACGACGAGUUAAUGGCUUCCCACCUUGAUGGAAUCUAUGCUAACCUGGUUCGAGUAGAAACAGAAGCAAAUGCAUUGUCCUGAACUUCUUAUGCGGUCCAAAAUCUAGUCAUGAAACAGUUUUCUUGUAUUCAUGAAGUCGAGUUCUGAGUGAUCUGUAAUUCAAUGGUGAAUCGAAAUUCAGAAUAAAGUUCUUGAUGAAUAA